CAAAAAUACGUUCAAACUCGAGUCAAAUAACACCGUGUUUUCUUUACAAAUGAUAAAUUCAGCCCCUCCAGUUAUUUAAUUUAAUUAAUUCCAAUUCAAAUCUUCAAUUAGAAUUUGGAUUGAAGGGCGAUUAUCAUUUUUGGACCCAAAAGCCCAUUUACACAAAAUAUAAAUAGGCCCAACUCUCAAUAAAUAUUUGGGCCCAAUCUUCACAACAUAUCCAUUUUCUCCCACAUAUAUGAUAUCUCCGGUGGACAAGAAAGAAAUCCAAUUUUCAGAGAGAGAGCGAUGUCCGCCAUUCGCCGGAGCCCCCAAAAAUGGCAGCACUUCUCCGAUGAAAACAAAUCAAAAUCAUCUACAUCCCACCCCAGAUCAAGAAACCUAACUUUCCGUCCAAUUAUAAUCUGCAGCACCCAACAGAAUGCAGACAACAACUCCAGUACUUCAUCCGCCGGCAGAAUAAAACGGCUUGUCCUGACGAAACAGGGAAGAACAAAAGCGAACAGCAACCCAGACAGGGAAUUCUACGCGUACCCUCGUCUGGUGACACACGUGGACAACAAAUUCAUAUCCAAACUGACAGAUCUUUACAGGGAAAUUCUGAGGCCUGAAAUGGAAAUUCUGGACCUGAUGAGUUCUUGGGUCAGCCAUUUGCCCCAGGAAGUCAACUACAAGAAAGUCGUCGGCCACGGUCUGAACGCAGAGGAACUUUCCAGAAAUCCCAGGCUGGAUUACUUCUUCGUCAAGGAUUUGAACAUCGACCAACAACUCCAAAUGCAAAACGACACUUUCGAUGCCGUUUUGUGCACCGUCAGCGUCCAGUAUCUUCAGCAGCCUGAAAAGGUAUUUGCUGAGAUAUUCCGAGUAUUGAGGCCAGGAGGAGUGUUGGUAGUGAGCUUCAGUAACAGGUUGUUCUACGAGAAAGCAAUAAGCGCGUGGAGAGAUGGGACUGCGUACAGCCGCGUGCAGUUGGUUGUCGAAUACUUUCAGUGUGUGGAGGGUUUCACUCAAACUCAAAUUAUCCGGAAAUUAGGAGAUAAUAACUCGAUUUUGAGUCGGAUUAGUGGGCUGUUGGGUUUUUUAUCAGGAUCAUCCGAUCCUUUCUAUGCUGUCAUUGCUUACAAGAACUUUAAACCUAUUUAUGAUUAAUAUAUUUUUUGAUGAUCCAAUUGUAAUAUUAUUAUUAAUUAAUUAAUUGUCACACUUUAUAUACACUUAUGUUUCUUGA